CUCUGGGGGCGACAGUAACAACAGCACCCUGCACCCCCUGCUGCUUAUUAAGUUCUUCAUUAUCGUCUGCAGGAAUAUGGAAAACAUGGACCCAGAGAAGACCCCAGGCUUUGUCUUCGAGACCCUUAAACUGUUAAACUUCUGCUUGACUCAGCUGAAGAAGCAGCCUGCGGAUCAGUCGUCCCUCCAGACAGUGAUUCAGUAUGGCCUAAUGCUGUUGGAGAGUCUCUUUGACCCUUAUAAUACAUGGAGGAGACGCCUGACAGGGGAGGAGGUGAGCAUGGUGGAGAGGAGCAAGUAUAAGUUCUCCCCUCUCCCCUUACCAGAGGAGCUGCCUGCUCUAUUCCAUGACAGCCUGCAGGACAGCCAGCAGAUCCCAGAUGACCUCGCUCUCCGAUUGGUCCAUCUCCAAGGGGCUGUCAUCAGUGGCAGCAAGAAGAACGGCCUGCUCUCCAUCACCCUGCAGUCUGUGGAGAACCUUCUUUCUGUACUCCGAGCCUGGUGCCUCCGGACCUCCUCCAACCCCAAGGACCCCACGCUGCUACGGCUGACCCUGCAGUGCCUGACUGCAAUGGUGCAUACCCUCCACUCCAGUAGUCCUGCAGAGCGCCGGCUGGAGAUCAGGACCGUGUUGGAUGGCUACUUUCAGGUCCUGAACUGGAACCGGCCUCCAGGGUUAGGGAACGAGCAGGAGGACGGGCAGAGCUGGGAGGAACACCUCAUCACUCUCCAGAGUCACAUGCUGACUUCGGUGCCUGAGAUCCUGCAGUGUUCAGACAGACCGGUGCUGCAGGCCAUCUUCCUCAACAACAACUGCUUCGAACACAUCCUCCGACUCAUCCAGAACAGCAAGCUCUAUCACAGUAAAAGGUUUAGGUGGGAGCGUGAGGGGGUGUGUGACCUCACCACACGUUUGCUCACGGACACAGAGGGGAAAGUAGACCAGGUUUUGGAGAAAGGUUCCGACUGCAUUACAGUCCAUGCCCUCGGAGUCCUCACAUCCAUCAUGAGUAACUCCCCUUCUGCCAAGGAGGUUUUCAAGGAGAGGAUUGGCUACUCCCAGCUGUUUGACGUCCUGAAGAGUCAGGGUCAGCCCACUAAACGCCUGCUGCAGGAACUCAUGAACAUGGCGGUGGAAGGGGAACACGCCCACACCCAUCACCUGGGUGUCAGUAACGACCAGCCCCUCCUCCUCCUCCUGCAGUGGCUGCCUGACCUGGCCCCCCAGAGGGACCUGCAGCUCCUGGUAGCCCAGUGGCUGGCUGCGGUCUGCGGGGGCUCCCUGGCCUGCCGUACGGUGGCUGUGGAGGCCGGCCUGGUGGGGGCUGUGCUCCAUGUCCUCUCCCAGCCACAGAGACUGGACCGCCAGUGUGCCGAUGGCCUCCUGGGGAUGUUACAGGACAUGGGGUCUCUCUGUCUGAGGCCUGCUGAGCUGAAGUCUCUGUUGAGGCUGCUCCGACCCCUCGAUCAGGGGCAGGACGUGUUGGCAGGGAAGAGGACGGGGACACACCCUUACUGCGCCCGCAUCAUCCGGGUGCUGGCGGCGAUGGCGGCCAGGGAUGGGAGGAACAGCGCCCUGCAGUAUUUUGACCUGACGCAUCCCCUGGCAGGGAUCAUGGUGCCCACGGUCCAGCGCUGGCCAGGCAGUGGGUUUUCCUUCCACGCCUGGCUCUGUCUCAACAUGGACUUCCCACAAUACCACUCAGAGUUCUCCACGCCUAGCACCCGCCCGUCUGCUGGGGCACCAGGGGCGGCGACACGGGGUAUGGGCAAAGGCCCCCGCAGGAAACAGCUGUACAGCCUGUUGACAGCCGGUGGUACAGGUUUAGAGGCUUUCUUCACCAUGGAGGGAGUGUUGGUGGUGGCUGUCUGCACUAAGAAAGACUACAUGGUCGUGUCCCUGCCAGAACACCCUCUAACAGACUGCUGCUGGCACUCUGUGGAUAUAGUCCAUAUUCCCGGCCGCCGCCCCUUCGGUCAGAAUCUGGUCACCAUCUACAUCGAUGGAGAACAGCGCAAGACAGCCCAGCUCCGAUUCCCCUCGCUCAAUGAGCCUUUCACCUCCUGUUGUAUUGGCUCAGCAGGCCACCGUACCACUACCACCACCACCUCCCCCACCCUGCCUCCUCCCUCCCUCCACCCAGCAGAGAUGGGCUUCCCCGCCCACGCUCCCCCCAUCACCCGCUCCCAGUCCUUCCCAGCCUCCUUUGCGGCAGGCCGCUGGGGGCCUGGGCCCCUUCGUGACGCUCCCGUCCACACCAUCCCCGCCGGGCUGCAGGAUACGGAGUGGGGCACGCCCACCUCACUGGACGGGCUCCUGGGGACCGCCUUCAUCUGUCAUGAGGCCCUGCAGCCAGCGCACACCAAGGCCCUAUACACAGCUGGCCCCAACCAUGUGUCCCUGUUCAAGGCAGAUGGAGAGCUGUCGGACCUCAACAGUAAACUGCUUCUCUACUACACUCCUCAGGCCUUCAAGAGUCAGAUCUGUGUGGACCUGUCUCCUAACCACCAGUAUGAUGGCAGACUGACAGGCCACAGGGUGGUGAACUGGGACAUCAAGGAUGUGUUGAACACAGUGGGGGGCAUGGGGGUUCUACUGCCCCUCCUGGAACAGGUGUGUGAGCCAGAGCAGGCGGAGGGAGGAGGUCAGGAGACGUCAGACCUGCUGGGACCAGAACUAACCUGUAGCUCCUCCCGGGGGCCUGUCGGCAUGCUGCUGCCACUGGGCAAGUCCUCCGAUGGUCGGCUGGAGAGGAACAGUGUAGCAGCGUUCCUGCUGAUGGUGAAGAAUCUAAUUCAUCAUCACCCUGUCAACCAGGAGAGCCUACUGAACUGCCACGGACCCAGCAUUAUAGGAGCCAUGCUCACUAAGGUCCCAGGUAGUAUGAUGGAUAUGUCUGUUCUGAUGGCGUGUCAGUUCCUGUUGGAGCAGGUGUCCCAGUGA